AUGAAGAUCUGGGCCGUAUCACUUCAGUAUCUCCCGUACGUCGACUGGAAGAUGGAGAACGGCGAGCUUCGCAUGCUGGGAUUCAUAGGGAAGAUAACCCACGCCGCCAUCGACUCGCUCAAACUCAAUUGCACCUUUGCGAAGCCCAAGUACGGUUCGUUCGGCGGCGAGUCGGUCAACAAUACGUGGCCUGGCAUCGUGGGAAUGCUCGUGAAAAACGAGGCGGACAUAGCUCCCGGUCCGCUGGUGAUAACAGGCCAGAGAGUUUCUGUGGCCAAUCCGACGGUACCCUAUUCCUACGAGGAGAUGUCCAUCCUCGGAGGAAGGCCGAAGCAAUUCAGCAACAAUCUUUUCAGCCUACUCCUCACGUUUACACCAGCGGUAUGGACUAUGAUCAUUAUCAGCUUAAUAACCUGCGGCCUGGUUCACUACCUGAUCAACAAGGUCCUUCAGCGAAGUCCUGAGGAGCAUCGUGGUCCGGGCCAGUUCAUCUGGCGCUUCACGUGCAGCGUACUCUCUGAAGCCGUCCCCGUUUGGUCCAAACCGGCCCCUUUGAGUCAGAGACUGGUCACCUGCUUCUGGCUCCUCGGCGUCAUCUUGGUGACCACCUUCUUCACAGCCUUCAUGAAGGCGAGCCUUCUGGUCAAGCAAGACGUAGAGCGACUCUGGGACAUCGAAGACCUCGCCAGAGAGGAAAAGAUGCGACCGGUGUUGCUAAGGGGAUCGGGGUUCUACCAAGCCAUUAAGUACACCAAGGUGGACGCCUUCCAGAAGGUGUACAGCCGGGUGGUGGAGCAACGUGGCGCCCUUCCGGCCUCAGAGCUGUUCAGUCUGGCCACGCUUCGCGACAUCCAGGAGGAAAAGGCAGCCAUGCUCUUCACCAAGGUGGCCGUGAACGAACGCCUGCACAGGCACUGCCCGUACCUAACCGGCGAGUUCUACUACGCGCGGCAGCCCGUCACCCAGGUUCCCAUGGCCAUGUUCACCAGGAAGGGGGUGCCUCGCCUCCUCCACAACCUGCUGGAUCGAAAAUUGAGGGAGAUGCGGCAAGGAGGCCUCCUGGACAAGUGGCUGGACGAGAUCUCGGCUCCGGGCUGCGAGGCCUUCGACCCUCCAGCCUCUUCCUCUGGAGAAGAGGAAGUUUCUGGCGUCACCCAUUUCCUGGCCACUUUCCUCAUUCUGGGACUGGGGCUCAGCUGCGCUCUCCUGACCCUGGCACUGGAAAUCCUCGUCGCCAAGAGUCGAAGCCGGCUGAAGGACGCCCAUUAA